AUGUUUUUACCAAGUACAGUUACAAAUGUACCUCAAGAUAUAGAUGCAGCUACAACCUCAGAUUUAGAAGAACCUCAUUCAUCCACAACAGUUAUUUUAGAACCAGCAUUGCCAGAAGAAAAGUCUGCAGCAGAAAUGUUAUUAAAUAUAUCGUCUUUACCACAUAGAAAUACAAGAAAAUGUGAUGAAGAAAAUGCGGACAACUUUAGUCUACACUCAUCUUCGAGCGAGGCAUCUUUAUCUACGCUUUUAAGAAAAGAAGUAGAAGAACGCCAAGAGGAAGAAGAAGAAGCCUUUAAACCUGUGACUAAAAAGCAAAUAGGCGAUUUGGCAAUUGUUAAAUUCUGUACAAAAAAGUCAGUAAAAUAUUUUGUGGGUAAUAUUUUGUCAUUUAAUGACUAUGGAGAAGCUGUUGUUAGUUUUAUUAGGAAAGCGUCAGACCGUACAGGCAUAACGACUUUCCAUUUCCCAUCUCAAGAAGACAUUACAGAUGUUAUGGAAGAUGACAUAAUCUACAUUUUGCCGAAACCAACCAUUGGACGCAGAGGAGAAGUGCUUUUUUUAGUAGGAGCUUUCAUUCUGUUAUGCUGUCAUUUGUUUGUUUUUUAG